UCCUACAACAUGGCGACGGCGGCGGAGAAAUCAACAAAAGAGCGACUCGUGUCUGUUUUGGACGAUCUGGAGGUUUUAUCGCGGGAGUUGAUCGAGAUGUUGGCCUUGUCCCGAACCCAGAAACUGCCACAACCAGGAGAGGAUGUGCAGAUUUUGGAGGUGCUGGUUCAGAGGGACCGGGAGUUUCAGGAGCUGAUGGCUGUGGCUCAGUCUCAGGGAAAACUUCACGAGGAAAUGCAGCGUCUGGAGAAGGAGGUGGAGAAGAGAGACAGCGACAUCCAACAGCUGCAGAAACAACUGAAGGAGGCCGAGCACAUCCUGGCGACUGCGGUUUACCAGGCCAAAGAGAAGCUCAAGUCCAUUGAUAAAGCCAGAAAAGGAAGUGUCUUGUCAGAGGAGCUGAUUAAAUACGCUCACAGAAUCAGCGCCAGUAACGCAGUGUGUGCUCCGCUCAACUGGGUCCCAGGUGACCCGCGCAGGCCGUACCCCACUGACCUGGAGAUGCGCAGUGGGAUGUUGGGGCUCAUGGCGAAUCUUCCUUCGAACGGCGUGAACGGACACCUGCCCGGAGACGCUCUGGCGGCAGGGAGGCUACCAGACGUGCUGACCCCUCACUACCCGUGGCAGUCGUCGGACGUCUCCGUGGGGAUGCUCCCUCCUCAUCACGGGUCAGAUCUGGGUUUGGAGCCUCCGGGACACAACAAGGAGAACGAGGAGGACGUGGAAAACAUGUCCACGGAUUCGUCCAGCAGCAGCAGCGACUCGGACUGAAACGAACGCCUCUUAAAUCUCACACUGCAAAAAAAAAAGUAAAGCAUCUGUGGUUUAGGUUCAUCGCAGCAGCUCCUCAAUCCGGCAACCCACAUUUACACCGUCGUCUUCUACUGUUUAUUCUUUGAAAAGUGUCCCAAAAAACACUAUAUAGAGCCAAUUUUUUAAAUUUUUCUUCUUCUUCUUAUUGAAUCCUUAUCUGUUGGUCGUCUUCAUUUGACCCGUCCUUUAAAGGAGCUGAACCUCAUUUUUAUCUUAAAUUGUAUCACAGGUUGGACCACUCGUGUUACUAAACCACAGUUAAGAUCAUUAUAUUUAAGAUUUUGUUUAAAAAAUGUACCGUAAAUUUCGGGCUAUAGAGCGCACCUGAAUAUGAGCCGCAGGUUUUCAUUUUGUAACGUGAGAUAUUUACACACAAAGACGGCGCACGGACACACUUUUUUUUAAACUGUGCCUGAAAAUUGGCACCAACACGACAUCAACACGGGAUGAACACACCUGCAGGUUUAGAAAAUAAAGCUGCACCAACACGAGCAUCUGCUUUUAUUUCCUUUUGUCGUCUUUUUACAUCGACAGAGUUGGAUUCAUUGAUGCCGAGCUCACGUGCAGUGGAUCUAUUUCCUUCUUUAUCUUAAAAACUGCGUCAUUUCCAUUUCUUUGUGUGUUUUUCGUAAAAUGACCGUUCAAAAUCAAAACUAGUGAAUUCCUCAGAGCAUAAUCUUUCCCCAUGUCUGUCUCGCUUUUACGUUUACAGCCGGAGAGCGCCCCCCGGUGGCCGUUAUCCGGUAAAACUCUAUAAAUAAGCCGCGCUGUUGUAUCGGCCGCAGGGUUCAAAGCGCGGGGGGAAAAGUCGCGGCUUAUAGUCCGAAAUUUACGGUACUUUUUUCCCUCACUUUGGCCAUUUUUAGGUCUCAAAUUUUACUUCCUGGUUGAAAUCAUGACAUCACACUGGAUGUUUUGUUUAUUCAAACUGCAAACACGUUAAGACAAGAAUCAAAAAUGCAUUUACUUUUUGGUCCUGUUCAAAAAUGUAGUGGAGUAGAAAGUACAGAUACUGCUCUCAGAUGUACUCAAGUAAAAGUAGAAAGUGCACUCAGUUUAUUGCUUUUAGUUUGUUACGUUUUGACCGUCAUGGACUUCCCUAUUGUGAUGUCAUAAUUUCCAACCAGGAAGUAAAAUUGUAAACCUAAAAAAUGGCCAAACUGGAAAAUAAAUUGUGAAAUUCUUGGCGAAAUCUACAACAUAAUGAUCUUAACUGUGUUUUGACUCAGUGAGCAGUCUUAAAAUGUCCUACACUUUAAAAUGUGACCGUGGACAGUGAAGGCAUCACGGCUCAACAGAGCGACACUCCCUGAACCCGACUCUGGACUCAAGUGAACUCAAACAUUAUGGGUUUGAUUCUGGGUCAGACUAAAUAUGGACACGAUGGACAGAAACGCUGUUACGAUCAACAGUUUAUGAGUUUUCUGCUCAGUAUUUUUGUAAUUUCAUGUUUUGUUUUGAUGUAAAUAAAAUGUACAUAUUCAGC